AGUCCAAAAAGGUUCAGGUGGGAUCGGGACAACCAAUUUCCCUUCCUUCACCUCUCUCUCUCUCUCUCUCUCUACUCGGAAGACGUCGCAAAACAAACUACACGAAUUACAAUCUUUAAUGCAAAAAAAAAAAAAACAAUUCAAUUGUUAGGAGUCAUCGUAGUAUCUUGUGUAUUUUGUUUUGGAAGAAGAGCUAAAGGCAGCUACAGCUCGGUCGGAGCGACGAGGCCUCGGAAGAGACACCAGCGCAGCGAGGAGAGAGAGCCAGAGCUAAGGAACGUCCGCCCUCGACGCCUGGUUCGACUACUCUCUGGAGAAAAAGAGAACUAGAUCAUAACAAUGGAUAAAGUGGGCAUUGCAAUUGUGGAUGUUGAAUCUCUCAAGCAACCACCUGAUGUUGGUUGCUCUGGAAGUUCAAAGAUGACUAAGUCUCUCUCUCGCAAGGGUUCAAUGGAUGUGGAGAGAUGUAUUGAUGAGGAGCUAGAUGCUGAUGAAUCGUUGCUAGUUGUUAAAGUGGAGAACUUGAGGCGUUCCCUUGUGCCAUUCAAAACUCUUCAUGCUGUGUUGCCAACACCUAAUAAUACCGUCUUUCAAAAUUUGGGAGAAGGAAGGAACAAAAGAUUAAAUCGCCUACGCUUCAUCCACCCAAGGAAGGUUCUUCUAUUCUUUGCAGCCAUAUGGUGGACGUGGACAUUCUUAUGGCAACCGACCAGUUCAUGCACCUCAAUCCAUGACACCUUUAUGGGAGGGACAUACUGAUUUUGGAGGAGGUAUUAUGGAGCCUUGGCUACUCAUCGAGGAUUUCAACUCAAUAUUAUCCAUUAAUGACAAAUAAGGAGGGGUGCCCGUCACAAACUAUGAAAUGCAAGAUUUCCAACAAUUUGUACAAGCAUGUGGACUUGUGGACCUACGGUCUAUUGGAUGUCGGUUAACUUGAACCAAUGGUACGACUUCGAGUAAAUUGGAUAGGGCUUUGGUAAACUCACAUUGGUUAAUGGUAGAUUAUGAUGCUUACGUGGAGUUCAGUCCCCGGAUGUCUUUCGGACCAUGCUUAUGAUAUUGUGCAUACCUUAAUCUGAGAUCGAGUCCCCCAAUCGACCCUUCAAGUUUUUCAACAUGUGGAUACUACAUGGGGAUUUCCAAAGAGUGGUGGCAGAAUCGUGGGCAGCUCCGGUUAUAGGAAGUGCACAGUUUGUGCUCAAGAAGAAGCUUACUCGGUUAAAGGGCCGGUUGAAGGAGCUGAAUAAGAACUUUGAGCACAUUUCGAAAAAGGCGGGACAGGCAAAAACAGAUUUGGAAAAAAAAUGCAACAAGGUAUUCUCGCAGGGGAAGCUAUCCGUACGGACUAUGGCCACAUAAGGAGGCAAGCUACUUUCCUUGUAGAGGCGGAAAAGCAAUUCUAUCCAUAAAGAGCGAAGAAUGUCUAUCUUAAGAACUUGAUAGAUGCACCAGAUUUUUUCAUAAUGUGGUGAAGAGGAACAACAAAAGGAAUGUCAUAGUGACACUUACCAAGUAGAGUGGUGAACAAACAACAAGCCUUGAGGAGGUGGCCGAAGAGUUUGUGGGGUUUUUUCAUACCUUGAUGGGGCAAUCGGUACCAUGCAGAUUUAUAGACAGCAAUCAAAUUCCAGGGCCAAGACUAAGUGGGAGUCAAGCAGAGGGCCUAAUCAAGCUAAUUGGGGUGGAAGAGAUCCAGGCUACUGUAAUGGACAUUGGAAGCUUUAGGGUCCCAGGGCCGGAUAGGUACGGUGCCAAGUUCUUCACUGCUACAUGGGACAUGAUUGGAGUGGAUUUCCUUGCAGCGGUUCAGGAGUCCUUUCGAUCCGGAAACCUGCUUAAAGAAUGGAAUCACUCCUUGAUUGCCUUGGUUCCCAAGAUGGACCAUGCACCCGGGGUAGAGGAAUGUAGGCCGAUCUUGUUGCAAUGUUUUCUACAAGGUAAUAACCAAGGUCUUGGUUGAGCAGUUAGCUACAAUUAUGGGCAGUUUGUCGGAUCCGGCUCAAGCAACUUUCGUGCAGGGGAGUUCUAUAAGAGAUAAUAUCAACCUUGCACAAGGAUUGCUUAGAAAGUAUGCUCGCAAAAGAAUUUCGCAAAGGUGUAUGAUUAAGGUGGACCUUCGGAAGGCUUUUGACAUAAAGUCGGCGCUUGUUGGUUUUGGAUUUCCCCAACAAUUCUAAGGAUGGAUUCGGGAGUGUGUCACCAUGGUCUCCUAUUCCGUCUCCGUGAAUGCAGGUAUACAUGGUUUCUUUAGUGGAAGAUGGGACUUAAGGCAAGGUGAUCCGCUAUCCCCCUUAUUGCUCGGUUUGUGUCUUGAGGUGUUAUCAAGAAGGAUUAAGGCGGCUUCCUCAUUGCCAUCAUUUCAUUUCCACCCAAUGUGUAAAGAUACUUAGAUUAUGCAUCUUGCAUAUGCUGGUGACCUAUUAUUGUUUGCAAAGGCGGAUAAAACCUCAAUCUCUGUUUUAUCGAACUGUUUGAAGCAAUUUGGUGAUGAAGCGGGGCUGAAGGCCAAUCCUUUGAAAUCAAAUAUGUAUAUGGCAGGUGUAGAGGGCAGCCAAAAGCGUAAUUGCUCCAGAUUUGGUUUUCAAGAAGGUAAUUUUCCAUUUCGGUAUUUGGGUAUCCCUCUCGCUAUGGAGAAGUUGCGGAUUGCUAAUUAUGAGACAUUACUUGAUGCAAUCACAAGGAAGAUCAGUGGUUGGCCGAAACAUACAUUGUCCUACGCAGGACGCUUAGAAUUAGUUCAAUCGGUCCUUCAAGGGGUUGAAUGUUAUUGUCUCUUGAUACUUCCCAUACCAAGUGGGGUGAUUGAGAAGAUUUACACCAUAUGUCGGAUGCUCAUUUGGUCCUCUAAACACCCUCCGAUAUCAUGGGCUAAGAUUGUCUCUACAAGCAAGAAGGGGGAUAUGGACUCCGGGAUCUCUAAGCAUGGAACAAUGCUCUACUGAGUCGGACACUUUGGCACAUUCAAUUGAAGAUGGACUCACUUGGGUAAGAUGGGUUCAUCGCCAUUACCUCAAGGGGACUUAUUUCUUGUAAUGGAGGGUAAAGGCUACGGAUUCUCCUUUGAUUAAGCGACUUGUGGACAUCUGAGAUUAGAUGGUUCAGAGGUUACGUGGACAAGGAGCAGCAAACAUGGCACUAUUGGAAUGGUUUGCAGCGAAGAAAAAUGGGAAGGCAAAUGCAUAUGGCUUCUUCAAGCCAAGGGGGUCGGAGGUUCCAUGGGCAUUCGACGGUUUGGAGGCCUGGCAUCAUGCCCAAGCAUUGUUUCAUUAUGUGGUUGCUUGCGCAUGAGAGGUUGAGGACGUCGGACAAAUUUCCAUGAGUCAUACAAAAGUUGUGUCUUGUGCCGACAACAAGAGGAAUCAAACGUGCACAUAUUUUUCGAAUGCCCCAUCACCUGAGCACUAUGGAGCAAGGUAAAAUGAUGGGUAGACAUCAUAUAUGAGAUCCGAACAAUUGAAGAACUGUUCCAGAUCUUUGGGCGGCAUUAUAAGAGUGGCAAGCACACCAUGAAGGCAAGACACCUUGCGGUCUCGAGCAUGAUUUAUGGUUUGUGGGAAGCCCGUAAUAGAUGUCGUUUUGAGGGAUUCAUUCUAAUGUUGAUAGGAUGUUUCACAAGCUUCAGAUACAUGUUUAUCAAUUCGUGGAUUUCACUGAAUUCAUGCUUUUGAUUGUGAUUGUAUACUCUUGAUGUACGUUUGAAGACAUCUAUAUAUAUUUACCUUAACAAAAAAAAAACAAAGAAGAUAAUAUCAGGAUCCCUUAUGAAGUUUGCUACUGUGGUACACUAAGACAUGAUUAACCUCCCCCACAAUUCUUCUUGACUUGCUGAAUAAAAUAAAAGAGGGCAACCUACCUGAACAUGAUGUGAUUUGUCAAGAGAAAGGUUGCUGUAGGUGAUGGAAAACACUUCCAUAUAACUACAAAUGAUUCUCAUUCACCCGGGAUUACUGGAAAUAGAGAA